UAAACGGUCCAACUACAAGUUUGAACUCUCUUGAAAAUUGAAAUAAAGGGCAAAAAAAAAAGUUGGAAUUUCGUUCGUGAGUUCCUCGUCAUCGUCUUGAGCGAAAUCGUUAGGAAUUUUAUCGCAGGAAGAUCCGGUGAUCCUCUCCCAUGGAACGGAUGCUUUUGUGGGCAGUAAUUUUCAUAUUCCCAAUCUGUGUAUCAUGUGGUCAGGAAAUCGGAUCGCCAUUGGAGCUGAGUCAUCUAACUCGGCAGCUUUUGGAGUCGGCGAAGAAUCCCGAGUUUUUCGACUGGUUGGUUAGGACUCGGAGGAAACUGCACGAGAAUCCAGAGCUCUCGUUCGAGGAAUACGAAACGAGUCGACUCGUUCGAGCAGAGCUCGACUCUCUUGGGAUUAACUACACGUGGCCCGUCGCUAAGACCGGGAUUGUCGCCUCCAUUGGAUCAGGCGCGCACCCAUGGUUCGCUCUUAGGGCUGAUAUGGACGCUCUUCCUAUUCAGGAAAUGGUUGAAUGGGAGCAUAAGAGCAAGAACAGCGGCAAAAUGCACGCUUGUGGCCAUGAUGUUCAUGUGACAAUGCUUCUUGGAGCUGCGAAGUUACUUCAGCAGAGAAGAAAUGAGCUAAAGGGCACAGUGAAGCUUGUUUUCCAACCUGGGGAAGAGGGUCGUGCUGGGGCUUACCACAUGCUGCAAGAGGGUGCUCUGGACAACUUCCAAGGCAUAUUUGGGUUACAUGUCUCUCCAGAUAUGCCAACAGGAACAGUGGGUUCAAGAGCUGGUCCAGUUAUGGCUGCUAGUGGUAGGUUUUUGGCCAAAAUUCAUGGAGUUGGUGGACAUGCUGCAAUGCCUCAUAUAGCAAGAGAUCCAGUUCUUGCUAUGUCCACUGCUAUCAUCGCGCUCCAACACAUAAUUUCUCGAGAAACAGAUCCUCUUGAAGCCAGGGUGAUCACUGUGGGGUUUGUUCAGGGUGGCCAAGCAGACAAUGUGAUACCGGAAACCGUAACAUUUGGAGGUACUUUUCGAAGCAUGACUGUGGAAGGUCUUUCCUACCUCCAGAAAAGAAUUCAACAGGUCAUAGAGUUCCAAGCAGCUGUGCAUCAGUGUACUGCAUCCAUAGACUUCAUGGAAGAUGUAUCAAGGUUCUACCCAGCUACUGUCAACGACGAAGCAUUGUACAGCCAUGUGAAGAGGGUGGGAGAAAAUUUGCUAGGAGAAUCAAAUGUGCAUCAUAUUUCCAUGGCUAUGGCAGCUGAGGACUUCAGCUUCUACUCUCAGGAGAUGCCUGCUGCAUUUUUCAUGAUCGGAGCGAAGAACAAAACGAUCAAUUCUGGGAUACCGUUGCACUCGCCAUACCUCGUCCUAGACGAGCAAGUUCUUCCUGUUGGAGCUUCCCUUCAUGCUGCGGUUGCGAUUUCAUACUUAACUUCAGACAAAUUUAUGGGGGGCUUUGACAAGAGCAAUAGUCUUGAAGACGAAUUUAGAUUCUUCGCCUGACAUUUGGAUUUGCUAAAAAUAAAUGAUAAGGCUCUGUGGAGGGUUAAUUACAUGAUAGAAGAAAAUGCAUUGUUCUUAUGCA